AUGCGUGAAGGCCGAUACGGAGACGCCAUAUGGGCACGAUACCAUAUGGACGGCCGAGCCACGGGAAAUAUCAUUGCAGCUGAUAACACCACUGUGACUGAGGAAGUACACGAGGAUGCCAUUGGAUACCGAGCCGGUAACCCAGAUCACUUUGCUGAAGUUGCCAAAAAAUACAAUGGUACCAGUCGAUACGAUGGACACCGUGAAAUGGUGGAUAUCAUUAUGAAUGUGUUAAAAGAGGACCUCAAUACCCUUCAGGCGCGGGUCACGUAUAACAUCAAGUGCAGCGAUAAAAAUACUGCUCGUCGGUCGUACUGUUACGAAGUGCUAGAACUGAUGGACAAGUGGACCAUUGAUAUUGGCGACAUCCGAACGCUUGACUUCUAUGAAAAUUGUUGGCUCCGUGUGGGAGAAUAUGGAAGUGGUGCCGACCUCACAUGGGAGAAGGCGCACGCGGUUGCUGUACUUAUCUUUGAGGACUGUCAACGCUCAAGAGUUUGCUGUUAUGGUCUCUGGGUGUCGGGCUACUCACCAAAGAACGCUGGACAUCGCAAAGUGUGCUUAAGUAGCAAGUCCACUGGUUGUACGCCCUGA